UUUCAUCCAUCGCCCUUCAAAGUCUGAAAAUGUCAAUAAAUUAACUUUUCUUUUCUGGCCACCCUCUUACAAAAAGCCUUUUUUUCUCCAAUUCUUCGUCAAACCUCAAACCUAACCUACUGUUAAGUUCUGAUAAAAAGGCCUAGCACCUACACUCUCUUUACUAUUAAUAAAAACCUUGAUAGCUAUAGCUAAAGCUAAAGCUAGACCUUCUUUCACUUUCUCUGAAAUACCAUGCAAGAAUUAAUCAUAAGGCACUCAUGAUAUAAUCACAACCUUAUCUUAGCUUAUAUAUAUAACCUUUUCUUUUUUUUUCUUCAUAUAACACACCAUAUUUCCCAUUAAUUUGUCUAUUAUUUUUUUUCUUUCUUAUUUCAAGAUAUAUUUUGGGAGCAAGAACUAGUACUAUACUAAAAUGACAAAUGAUCAUCAUAUUGUAGCUACAACAACUUUGCCUGAUCUAUCUUUACAGAUCAGCCCUCCAUGUAGUAGCUCCACCACCACUACUGAUUCCAACAGUAGUGGAAGCGAUUUAAGCCACGAAAACGGCUUAAACGUGCUUAAUCAUGUACGAACCGGGCUUGAUCAGAUUCGGCUGAACUUGGGGCUCGAGAUGCCGAGUAACUUGAUCAAUCAUCCAGCUGCUGAUUUAUUACCGCAUCAUCAGCAUCAGCAUCAUCCUGUGGUUGUUCCUAAUAACUUGCAAAUGCAAAGAAAUAGUAGUAGUCCUUUUGUUCAAUAUCAGUAUGGCUAUAACAACCACCAACAUUAUCAUCACAAUCAAUUAAUGCCUCAUCAAAUGUAUGGUCAUGAUCAUUUUAAGAGGAAUUCGAGAAUGGGUAGCCAUCGUGUUAGACGGAUCGUUAGGGCGCCUCGUAUGCGAUGGACUUCGACUCUUCAUGCUCACUUUGUUCAUGCCGUUCAGCUCCUUGGUGGCCAUGAGAGAGCAACUCCUAAAUCAGUUCUAGAGUUAAUGAAUGUGAAAGAUCUAACUCUUGCUCAUGUGAAGAGUCACUUGCAGAUGUAUAGAACAGUGAAGAGCACUGACAAAGGAGAAGCUGGACUUGUGGACAUGAAUAUGAUAAAUCCAAGGACUCCAAAGUCAUUACUUCAAAUGGAGGGGUUUGAUAAUGAUAAAAAUGAUGAUACCAACAACUCUAGCAGCCUGCACCUUUCUAAUCAUACUACUGAUCUUCGCCCAUCACCACCAACUACACUACAAACAAGAGCACCGUGGUCAUUGUGCAUGGAGACAUAUGAUUCAAGCUUCCCCAGCCAAGGAUAUGUACCAAAAUGUUCUACACCCCGAACAAACGAUAGUAAGGUGGAUGAAUACGAGUUAUCCUUACAAAUGUCUGAAAAGGAUAAGAAUAUGAAAAAUAGUAAGAUUAAGUCUUCAGAUUCAGAUUCGGAUUCAGAUUCAGGCAGAUUGCUAAAUCUCGAGUUCACCCUUGGACGGUCAAGCCGGCAAAAGGAUGAUCUGAUCCUCAAAUUAGAUGAAAUGAUUUAAUUAGUUCUCCUUUAAUUAGUUCAACUAAUAACACACUGGCCUAUCAAAUAUCUAAGCAGCAAAGACGUGUUUAAAGUUGCUUGAUAAUGUCCAAUUCUGUUAACCUUUGACAAUUUUGUAUCAUGUAGCUAGCUAGGGGGUAGAAGCUAAAUGAAGCUGGAUAGGAAUUAGGCGAUCUUGAUAAUUAAUAAUGUCCAACUUUAACAAUGUUAAUUAGGUUGCUAUUAA